AUGGAGAAUUAUCUAUGGGCAAUUGGGAUGGGAUUUGAGCCUCAAUUUGGGUACAUGAGGAGAAUGGACACUAAGCUCCAUCAAAUACUAACAGCAGUUGAUGAUGUUUAUGACAUCUACGGUACCUUGGACGAGCUUGAGCUUUUCACGGAUGUUAUUCGGAGAUGGGAUAUCGAUGCAAUUGAGCAGCUCCCAGACUACAUGAAGAUGGUAUUUUUCAGUGUCUACCAUGCCGUGAACGGGACUGCUUUUACUGCUCUUAAGGAACAAGGACUUAACAUCAUUCCUUGCUUAAAGAAAGUGUGGGGAGCUUUAAGCAAAAGUUACCACAUAGAAGCGAAGUGGUUUUAUAACGGAUACAAGCCAACUCUAGCAGAAUACCUGAAAAAUGGAUGGGUUUCAGUGACACUACCAAUAAUACUUAUCAGUGCUUAUUUGGUGUCAAGUCCACUAUCCAAAGAGGUCCUGGAAAGUUUGCCAGAAUAUCCAGAUUUUAUCCGUCACGCAUCGAUGAUCAUACGAAUGGUAGAUGAUAUCAGGACUUCUGCGGUAUGGAAUCUGAUUGAUCUACUCUUAAGCUAUUGA